UACCUGCAGACCAAACUCCUGGAGGUACAGAUUGGGUUAAGCUCCUGUAGUUUGAGCAACUUAAAGGAAAGUAAUACAGCACAAAACAUGCACAUUUCUUUUCUUUUUUCUUUCUUUUUUUUUUAAAUUGAGACAGAGUCUCACUUUGGAAAUUCAGUAACCACUGGGCUUUGCCAAAUUUCUCAAUAUUGAUUCAAAAUCAAUCUGAUGUCAGAGAGGAAAAUAGGUGAUAAAACUAUGGGCAUCAUAGCUUACAGCAACCUCCAACUCUUGAGCUGAAGUGAUUCUCUUGCCUCAGCCUCCUGAAUUGCUGGGGCUACACGUGCCUGCUACAAUGCCCAGCUAUUUUUUUUUUUUUCUUUUACCAGGCAUGGGCCAGAUUCAAUUUUAACAGACCCAGGCUGGAUUCGAUUCACCAGCCCUGGUGCAUGUGGCUGGUGCCCUAAUCACUAAGUUAUCGGCGCCCAGCUGAAAACUGGUACAUUUCUAGAGGAGAAACGGUUUGGUAAGGUAGAUACAUGUUAGAUAAGUACCCAACCAGUUAUCUACAAAGCUUGAGAAAUGUGUUUGUGCCUCAGUUUCCCAUUUGUGUCAUGCAAAGGAAAGCCUAUUCUGCUCUAGAUAGGAGUUUAUUAUUCAGUCAACAUGUGAGUGUAUUUUUGGUUAGACUUUUGCUUCUUUAGGGCAGAAGAAUAAAUUCUAAUUUUCUUUCUUUAGUAACAUGGACCUAGAUAUACUGCAAGCCUUCCAGAGGGAAAUCACCUGUGCCAUCUGCCUGCACUACCUUAUAGACCCAGUCACCAUAGGCUGUGGACACAGCUUUUGCAGGCCCUGCCUUUCUCUCUCCUGGGAAGGAGCCCCAAAUCCUGCCCACUGCCCAGAGUGCAGAGAACCAUCACAGCAGAGAAAGUUCAAAACCAAUAUUGUUCUGAAGAAUCUGGUGUCCAUUGCCAGAAAAGCCAGUCUCUGGCAAUUCCUGAGCUCUGAGGAACAAAUGUGUGGAACCCACAAGGAGAAGAAGAAGAUGUUCUGUGAAGUGGACAGGAGCCUGCUGUGUUCGCUCUGCUCUAACUCCCAGGAGCACGGGGCUCACAGACACUGUCUGGUUGAAGGGGCAGCUGCGGACCAGCGGGCUAAACUCGAAAAGCAAAUGAGAUCUUUAUGGGACAAGAUCCAGGAAAAUCAGAGAAACCUGAGAGAGGAACAAAUAAUGAUUAACCAUUGGAUUGAAUAUGUGCUUCUAGUGAGAAAAAUGACCAGGACCGAAUAUGCAGAGCUUCACCCAGUUCUCUAUAAGGAAGAAGAACAACAUUUGGAGGAACUGGAAAGGGAGAGCUGGAAUAUCCUUCAGCAACUCAAGAGAAGUGUGGCCCAAAUAAAUCAAAAGCGGAAACAACUAAAGGAAAUGCACGAGGAACUGAUGGGCAUGUGCCACAAACCAGAUGAGGAGCUGCUGCAGGAUUUGGGAGCCCUACUGAUGAGGAGUGAGUCUGUGCAGCUGCACAUGCCCCGGCCUGUGCGUCCAGAGCUCAGCAUCAGAGCCAUCACUGGACUGAUGGACAGAUACAGCCGCUACCGGGUGGAGAUUUCUUUCCACAAUGAAGUAAGCAAUCAGCACAUCAGGCUGUUUGACGAUUUGAGAGACUUCACAUUUAGAUCUCACAGUCAAGAUCAGUCUUUGAAUCCUGAGAAAUCUAACUAUUUUGCUGCUUGGGGAGACCAGGUCUUCACUGCUGGGAAGCAUUACUGGGAGCUGGAUGUGGACGACUCUUGGGACUGGGCUCUAGGGGUCUCUAGAGAUUACCCGAUACGCAGACUUGGCACAAUGCUUGUAUCUGGGGACAUGUUUCUUCUUGCAUGUGUGAGGCAGGAUAAUCAGUACACUCUCUGGACAACCUCCCCAGCGAUUCCUCAGUUUGUAGAGAAACCUGUGGGCCGGGUUGGUGUGUAUCUUGAUUUGCAGAGUGGGAGUGUGAGUUUUGUGAACGUUGCCAAGAGUUCCCUCAUAUGGAAGUGCCGCGCUGGCUCCUUGUGUUUCCCUGUCAGGCCUUUCGUUAUCACUGGACACAAAUGAGCAGGGAUGAGGCAGGAACCUGACUGCAGGUCUGGGACCUCCAUGUGCUGGGGAGCCCUUCUCAGCUGAAGAAAAUCAACCCUACUUUAUUGUCUUGAAGGUUUUGUACUGUCAUGGAAUCUCAUUUUAUUGUUAUUCAGUAAAACAGUA